AGGGAGAGAGGGAGAGAGGGAGAGAGGGACAGAGAUCCUAGAAACAAAUAUUGAAGAGGUUUAAUAUCAAACAAGAAUGGCAGAGCCGCCGAAGCUGAUGGGUGCGGCCGUGGACUUCCCGUUGGAACUAAUAGGGUUUGAGAUAGAAGAACUGUCUCCUCAGAAGGUCGCCGGCAAACUAAAAGUCACCCACAAAUGUUGUCAGCCAUUCAAGGUGUUACACGGAGGAGUAUCUGCACUGAUAGCAGAGGCUUUGGCCAGCAUAGGAGCCCACCUGGCGUCGGGCCUCCAGAGGAUAGCGGGGAUUCACCUCAGCAUCAAUCAUCUGAAGUCAGCUAAGCUCGGCGACCUCGUUCUUGCAGAAGCCAAACCCAUCAACGCUGGCAAAACCAUUCAGGUGUGGGAGGUGCAACUUUGGAAGAUCGAUCCUUCAAACUCUGGGGGCAAAGCCUUGAUAUCAUCGUCGAGGGUCACUCUCCUAUGCAACAUGCCUGUGCCGGAACAUGCAAAAGAUAUUGGACAAAAUCUCAAGAAGUAUGCAAAACUAUAAGUUUUUGAGAAAGUUUU